AAGCCUAAACCCACCACUAAUGACCUACAACUAACCCCAGCAAACUCAACAAGUCUUUCUUUCCUCCUUUAAAUACCCACACUUCCUCACCACGUCUUUGCUCUCUCUCUCGUUUUACGACUCUGCAACAAAGGAGCUACCAAGUCAUCCACUCACUAGUCACUAUGGGCGAGAAGAAGAACGGCGGCGAGAAGAAGAAGAACGGCGAUGGAGGAGAUAAGAAGAAGGAAGAUAACUCUCUCACUGUGGUCUUGAAGGUCGAUAUGCACUGCGAGGGCUGUGCCACCAAAAUUGUCAAGACUGUUAAGAGCUUUGAUGGCGUUGAUGAUGCGAAAGCAGAGUUCGCGGCGAACAAGCUGACGGUCGUCGGAAAAGUCGACCCGUCGAAACUCCGGGAGAUGCUCGCCGUGAAGACCAAGAAGAAGGUCGACCUGAUCUCUCCGCAGCCAAGCAAGAAGGACGACAACAAAAACGAUAACAAGAAGAAGACCGACGAAAACGACAACAAGAAGAAGCCCGACGAGAAGAAACCCAAAGACAAAGAGCCUCCGGUGACGACGGCGGUUCUUAAGCUGAGACUGCACUGCCAGGGUUGCAUCGGGAAGAUUCGCAAAACAGUAACCAAGACCAAAGGGUUCAACGACAUGUCGAUCGACGAGCAGAAGGAGCUGGUGACGGUGAUAGGGUCGAUGGACAUGAAAGCUCUGGCCGAGAGCUUGCAGGAGAAGCUGAAGAGGCCGGUCGAGAUUGUCCCUCCGAAGAAAGAGAAAGACGGCGGCGAAAAAGACGGUGGUAAGGCCGACAACGGAGGCGGAGGAAAAAAGAAAGGCGGCGGCGGCGGCGGCGGUGGCGGCGAUGGAGGGCAGAAGGCGGAGGGAGACGGGGGAAAGAUGGAGGAAAGCAGGAUGGAGUAUAUGGGCCAACCCUUGUUUGGAUACGGGUAUGGGCCGGGGCCGGGGUUUGGCUACGCGUAUCCUCCGGGGCCGGGGUUCGGCUCCGCGUAUCCUCCGGGGCCGGGGUUUGGCUCCGCGUAUCCUCCGGGUUACGUGGGUGAGCAGCUCCACGCGCCGCAGGUGUUCAGCGAUGAGAACCCAAAUGCUUGCUCUGUUAUGUGAGGUCGAGAAAAGGAUACUGUAAAUAAGAGGGAUAGAGAGAGAGUAAGAGAGACGUAGAUAUGGAAAUUUUGGAUUUUUGGUUUUGGGUUUGGUACUUUUUUAAGUUACUACUACACGAACUUGGUUUGCUUUGCUCCAGUUUGUGGGUACUGUUUGUUUAAAUUUUUUUCCCCUUUUUUUGUCAUGUUAAUUCCCAAUAUCUAGUUGGUUAAUAUUCAAUUUUAGAAUAUGUUCUAUUGUC